ACAUUUUCACCAUUUGAAAAAUAUACAGAGCAAUAAAAAUGCUGACAUUCUUUCCUUGCUGAUCACUUUAUUCUUUCCUCCUCAGUUUCAACAAAGUAACAGAAUAUGGGUCUGCAGUUUGUAGCUAAUUAUGUUAUCUUCCCUUAUCUGCUGCUGUUUCUGAUUACAUCUAAGCAAACUCAUGGAAGCAGAGCCGUGCAGGCGGAUGGUAUCGACAAGGAAACCAAUGUUUUACAACUCCAUAGCAUGGAUGUCCAAGGUCAUCCAUCAAGCCACAUGCAUCACAUGGACUCUUCACUAAUCAUGUUCUUCAAACUGGAAGAUUUAAAGAUGGGAAACACAAUGCAAGUCUACUUCCCCAAGAGAGACCCUUCAAGAUCUCCUCACUUGCUAUCAAAAGAAAAAGCAGAGUCCAUCCCCUUCUCACUAGCACAAUCCCCUUCCCUCCUCAAACGCUUUUCCUUCGUUCAAGACUCGCCUCAAGCCAAAGCCAUGGAAGACACGCUUAGGCAAUGUGAGAACAAACCAAUCAAAGGAGAAACAAAAUUCUGCGCCACUUCUCUAGAAUCCAUGCUUGAUUUCACUCGUUCAAUUUUCGGGUUCGAUGUAAAUAUUAAAAUUUUAGCCACUAAGCAUCAAACAAAGUCACCAACCCUGAUUCAAGACUACACAAUUUGUCAAGUGCCUGAAGAAAUUCUGGCUCCCAAGAUGGUGGCAUGUCACACUUUGCCAUACUCUUAUGCAGUUUUUUACUGUCAUUACCAAAAGAGUAAGAGCAGAGUGUUUAAGGUUCCGCUGGUAGGCGAGAACGGAGACAGAGUUGAAGCUAUCGGUGUCUGUCACUUGGACACUUCUCAGUGGAGCCCGAGCCACCCGUCAUUCCAAGUGCUUGAAAUUGAGCCAGGGACCUCUCCGGUGUGCCAUUUCUUUCCUGCGGAUAACUUUGUCUGGGUCCCAUCACCUGUCGUUAAUUAGACAGUAACAGAAAUUGUAAUAAUCGAGUUUCAGUCUCUGCUUUAAGUUUUUUAUGUUUUGUUGCAUGCCUGAUUUGUGUUGUUAGUCGUUAUGUUUGGUUGGUUUGUAAUAAUUCUGGCACAAUCAGAAGAUCUAUGUACGCUGUAUCUUUAUUUUUUUUCA